AUGAUCAUUGCUCGAGACCCCGAAACACAAGAGACUUUUAUAAUUGAGAAAGCGCGGCAUCAUCGAGACAACAUCUUUGAUGUCAGUGAUGAUGAAGAAGUUGCUAAUCAGGGCGAGGCAUUCGACUCCGGACUUGUGACCGUUUACUACUGCGAAGGGCCUCAAGCAUUUGCAGCCCCAUUUCACGUCGAUUGCUACAAGGUGCUAGCGGACGCUUAUGAACCGCGAGAUAUCGAUCUCGCAACUCUUUAUGACACCCUUGAAAGCCUCUGCCCUCGUGAUGACAGCGUCUAUCGCAGUCACCUGGAUUUCGACUACGACAAGCCAAGCCACAAGGUGGCCUUUACCGCCUAUGAUUUCUCGUUCGCAUCUCCAAACCGCGUUUCUGAUGAUGACAUAUCUGUGGGGGGCGAGCUUAAAAGAAACUCGCGAAGAUCUGGAUCAAGUACUCCACACAUACUCAAUGGCGAAAGGUUGACUCCUACAAGAAUCUACGAUGAUAUGCCAUGGGCAAAGUACAUUCUUCACGUCAAAACGCACAAGCUGACAAUGGAUAUGGCCCUAUACUACAAGAAUCUAGUCGCUCUCGGCAACGGCCGCCUAAAGGAGGGGGACUUCUCACUUCCAGUCAGGAUGCAUCUCCAGAACCGAUGUCGACUCUGGGGUGUAUGUACUCGACUUUUGGAGGAGUGCUCUACAAACGGCUACUCGGCCAACAAGACGAAGACGAAGACAAAGAAGCAGGAGCCUUUAAUUAAAUAUACUAAGAAGACUGACGAGAUUCUCAAUGGCGCUAUUCAGAGUCCCAUGCCACUGUUGACAUUCCCGCCCUGCUCCAGAACAAUCUAUGACAGCGUCAGCCUCAUGGAGGAGAUGAAAGAUCUCGAGAAAGCAGAGCCUGUGAUUAGAGUCUAUUGGGGUGCCAGCAAGCAACUUGUUGGUAUUGGAAUUUACGAUCCCGUAACAGACACGGCCAGGACCUUGGGAUCAAAGAGUUUAUUUCGCAGGACCCAAGAUGCACAGAUCCCCCCAGAUAAUUGGCUAGCAGCGAUUUUCAUCGUGACGAAGGAAGUGCCUCAAAAGAUACCCAAGGUCUGGCGACGGGUGAUUGUAGGGAUUAAGUUUGUGUUCUUGUACGACGAUUUUGUCUCGUUCGGUGAACCUGUGGGGGACGUCCGAGUUCUCGUUCCCAAGCCAUGGCAUACUGUGGUUGGCAUUGGCGCUACGUGGAAAGAGGGAAGAGGACUGGAAAGCCUGGUUCUUCUGCAACAGGAUCAAGAAAAGGUGCCCAAGUCUGCCCAUUGCCGGGUCGGGAUGGAAUACCCUGAUGAUCUAGAGGGACUAGAAGUGUCAAAGGUAUUUCGACCCGAUCCCAGAAUCGCAAACUUCCUCUGGAGAGGCUGGAUCCCCUGCCGCCCCGGAAUCUGGCCUACUUACCCAGUGCGACUAGAUCCGUUGAUGCCAAUGCCUGUAGAGACACUGAUGCUCACCAAGCCGCUCACUGAUGAGGACUACAACUUCGUUCUUGGAGUGGAUGCUCAGUUUCGCGGGUUCGAAGUCCUCUUUGAAUAUAAGGACAAAACAAAAACAGUUCGGCGAUCUAUCGGCCUUGCCACUGCCAUGCACUACUUCGUCAUGGAUAGCGAUGAGCAGAUCACGAAAUGCUACAUCACUGGGAAGGACAAAAUAGAGGGCAUACGCCUCGUAACGGAUAAAACAAAACAUUUCAUUGUUGGAAGACCUGGACCAGAAGAGAUGGGCCUUGCCAAACAAGGGUUAAGUAUGGAGUCUAUCGAGGGUUUUCACUGCCGAUGGUCUGACGACCGAAACACCUCACUAACGUCCCUUGGCGUCUUGACGCUCGAGUUUAGUUCCGUGAAUCUAGCAGAAGAGCGCGAGGAUAAGGAUCAGGAUAACAUUCUGGGGCAUUACUGGGUCCCCGAGCGCCCACAGACAAGAUUCCCAAUCGAGGAAUCGGGGCAGAUCCAUGGCAGGACACCGAUGAUCGAAAGACUGCGCUAUCCAGGCGUUGGGCUGCCGAGUCGACAGGCAGUUGUGACGUGGCUCGACUGCUCAAAACCACUCGAAACUAUCUCCAUCACGAUGUGUCACAGCACGACGACAAAGCUGCUCAUGAUGACUUCAAUGGUGUUUAAGUACGCCGAGGGCCAUGAACCAAUGUACUUCGGACCAUUCCCCAUAGACUCACCAGAGCACGAGAAAGGUGUCAAGAAGCAAGACCGGUGCGCUUGUAUACAUGGAGGUUCUUUCGAACAAGAGAUCGAAGAUAUACCUCACUAUGAGCCAGAUAAAUGGCGCGUUUACGGCGGUUACUUGAAGGCUCUUCGUGUAUGGGAAACAGAAAUAGGCGUCCUGACCGGUCUGCAGUUCGUGGCUCAAGAAUCCGAGAGUCAGAAGUGGGGGUUCUGUGAUGGAGAGUAUAGCCAUGAGCUGGACCUCCAGAGCAAGGAGGGGAUGACCUGGGGGAUCAAGUUCUUCUUAGACUCGAAUGGGAGAAAUCAUGUUAGCGAGGAUAUCGUGGUUGUGGCUGUUCAGCGGAUCAAGGUACCAAAGAAUGGGGAUAAUCCUCAGAGGCUCCCAUACAAGAAAUCAAGAUAUAUGUAG